GUCGAUUCCAGAGCUCUCCAUUUGCGCCAUUUGUGUUUGCAUGGAGGACUGUAUUCGCAAGUUCAGUAAAAUGUCGAAAACUGUUUGAAAACCAGUUGCUUCUUCAUUUCAGAUCAUGAAUACUCAUUUACAGCAUGUUCGCCAGCGUUUUCAAAUAGUAGAAUUGAAUCGUUCAUGGAAUUUGAGUGGUUAUGAGUUAAAUGGUUUGGAAUCCAUCUUCAUUUCAGUUUAGAUGCAGCGUUGUUCGACCUCGACCAGAAGAUGAAUAGGAGCAGCGGAGUAACAGAAAGAGAAAUUUUUUCUAAGUCCUUUCUGAACAGCGACCGAUGAGACGAUGACUGGUGUAUUGACGCCUCCGCAAAAAUAUAGGGAAGUUGUGUUUGAGCAAACAACCAUGAAUUGAUCGUUCAAUCUUCAACUACACUGACAGCAUCUGUGUCAUUAAAUGUGAUUUGGAGUCACAAAUUCACCUCCAUAAGAUCAAACACUGGCAGUCUUUUUAAAUCUCCCAGCUUCGAUGGUCACUUCUCCCAACCUAGGUGAAAAAUAUUAUCAGAACGCUCUAAUUUUACAAGACUGUUCCUUGUUUGACACCUUCGGUCGUACUGCACACAACUAACUCCAAAGCACUUCUGUUGAGUGUUUAGUACACCUACUCGGCAAUCCCUCAGAGUUCCAGAUUGUCUUUUGUUACACUAAAUUCAUGGAGUGCACUACAGUACCCGAUAAACCUGAAAAUAGUCUGGAUGAAGUAUGCCAAAAAUUGGAGGAAGGUGCAACAAUAAAUGGAGAUCCACCGGCUACAGCAGGUACAAAAAAGAAAAGAAAACAUAAAAAGAAGUCUAAUAAAUGUACAGGUAUGUGCAACAUAUAUCUAACUAUAUCUGUGUUGAUGGUGGUAACGAUGAGAAUGGAGUUGAAGAAAAUGAAACUGGUGAUGUCCCGGCUGACGUUGGAGAAAAUACAGUUUCUACUGGCAAAAAGUCUAAGAAAAAGUCAAAAUCCAAAAAUCCAGCCUCUACUGAAUCUCAUACAGAUGCUGUUCAGACGGAUCCACCCUCCAUUCCUAUCUGUCAGUUAUAUCCCAAGGGAGAUUUUCCAGUUGGUGAAAUUAUUGACUAUGAACCAAAUGUUGACGGCCGUACAGCCCUCAAUCGUACAACGUCAGAGGAAUGCAAGGCCCGUGACAGUGCGCAUAUAGAAAUUUACCAGAAUUUCCGUGAAGGUGCAGAGGUUCACCGACAAACAAGAAAUCACAUUAAAAAAUGGAUACGUCCUGGAGUUCGUCUCAUUGAUAUGUGUGAAGAACUGGAGCGAACUAGUCGUGCAUUGAUUUUAGAACGUGGACUUACUGCAGGUUUAGCCUUUCCGACCGGUUGUUCAAUUAAUCAUUGUGCUGCUCAUUACACUCCAAAUGGUGGUGACAACACAGUUCUAAAUUAUGAUGAUGUUUGCAAAAUUGAUUUUGGUGUGCAUGUCAAUGGUCGUAUAAUUGACUGUGCCUUCACACUUCAUUUCAAUCCCAAAUUUGAUAAAUUGGUUGAAGCUGUUAAAGAUGCAACUAAUACUGGCAUCAAAGAAGCUGGCAUUGAUGUUCGUUUAUGUGAUGUCGGAGCAGCUAUUCAAGAAACUAUGGAAUCUUAUGAGGUUGAACUUGAUGGAAACACUUAUCAAGUGAAGCCUAUACGUAAUUUGAAUGGUCAUUCUUUGGGACCUUAUCAAAUUCAUGCUGGGAAGACUGUACCGAUUGUACGUGGAGGAGAACAAACACGUAUGGAGGAAAAUGAAUAUUACGCUAUAGAAACGUUUGGUAGUACAGGUAAAGGUUACGUUAUUGAUGGGGAUGAAGUUUCGCACUAUAUGAAGAAUUUCGAUGCUGGCCAUAUUCCCUUAAGGUUAGCCAGGUCUAAACAGCUGUUAAAUGUAAUCGACCGUAAUUUCAGUACUCUUGCUUUUUGCCGCCGAUGGUUGGAUCGUCUUGGUGAAACAAAAUAUCUUAUGGCUUUGAAGAACUUGUGCGAUGUGGGAAUAGUAGAUCCUUAUCCUCCUUUGUGUGAUCAACGUGGAUCAUAUACUGCCCAGUGGGAGCAUACAAUUUUACUAAGACCUACAUGUAAAGAAGUAGUCUCACGUGGACCUGAUUACUAAAUGAUUUGAACUUUCCAGUUGUCAAUUUUUGCUUUUUAAUAAAUUGAGAGAUUGUUUUGAUGGGUUGCUAUUUCACUGUCCUAAAGUUUAAGUCUGUUUGAAUAUUUUUUUUUGAGUCGUUUGGUUUUUUUAUCUCAAACAAUCCUGUGUACGUUAACUUCUACUCAGUAUUGUUUACAGACCAAACCAAUCUUGAGACUCUCAGUCUGUUUGCUGAUCUUUAUAUUUUCAAUGAAAUUGUAAAAUUCUGCAUGAUCUGCAUCUUCAUGACAGAAAUAAUAAACUCUGUAAAUUAAAUUAUUCAUGUGAUGAGAAGUGCAGUAGUGCAUUCAAUUUCUGUACGAUCAUUUUUUUAAGUAUUUUCAAAUGUGUAAUUGUUUCUCAAUAAAAUAGUUUAACGAAUC